UGGUAUUGGUUCCUUAUUUGGGUGAAAAAUAAAUUAAAAAAAAAUUCCGGUUUUUCAAAUAUAAAAGAGCAAAAGCAGCUACCACGAGCAAGGAGCGAUACAGCCACAUGGAGGAGAAAAGAGCAGUGAAGUCAAGGUUCAAAAGAGUCUGUGUCUUUUGUGGAAGCAGUACUGGCAAGAGAGAUUGUUACAGGGAGGCUGCUCUUGAACUGGGACAAGAACUGGUGUCAAGGAGAUUAGAUCUCGUCUAUGGAGGAGGAAGUGUUGGGUUGAUGGGCUUAGUGUCUCAGGAGGUCCAUCGUGGUGGAGGACAUGUACUGGGAAUCAUCCCCAAAACUCUGAUGAGCAAAGAGAUAACUGGAGAAACAGUCGGAGAGGUCAGACCAGUAGCCGACAUGCAUCAAAGGAAAGCUGAGAUGGCCCGCCAUUCUGACUGUUUUAUUGCCUUACCAGGUGGAUAUGGAACUUUGGAGGAAUUAUUGGAAGUCAUUACAUGGGCCCAGCUUGGCAUCCACGACAAGCCUGUGGGCUUGCUUAAUGUGGACGGCUACUACAACCUCCUGCUCACCUUCAUAGAUAAGGCUGUGGACGAUGGCUUCAUCAAGCCUUCUCAACGUAGCAUUAUUGUCUCUGCCCCAAAUGUCAAAGAGCUAGUUCAGAAACUCGAGGACUACGUGCCUCUGCAUGAUGGAGUUGUUGCUCAGGCUAAGUGGGAGGCUGAGCAACUGGAGCUCAAUGCAUCUUUGCAGACUGAAGUUGCUCGUUGAUUAGGGACCAUAAAUAACAAGGUCUUCAUUUUCUAUCUUCUUUAUUUUCUAGGAUUUUCUGGAAAAAGAUGUACGAAUCUAGGGUUUCUCUCCUUUUCAAUUUUGUGUAUUGGUGUAGAAAGGAAAAGGGGGAAUUAAUCUGAUUUGGGAAAAAAAAAACCUAAUGAAAAUUGGUAGGUGACUGUUUAGCUUUUAUUUUAUGUAUGGAAGGAAAAUGGCAAAAUGUUAUUUUCUUUCUGAUGAAUUAUAUUAUUUGUGUAAAGAAAGCCAAAGAAGAAAACAAGUAGGAAAAACAAAAAUAGCAGCUUUUAUUCCC